AUGGUGCCAGAGUCGCCUGCUACAAAUGCCAGCAAGGCAGAGGCUUACGAGUCCACGCAUGUGCAUGCCGUGUACGAGGCCAUCGCGCCGCACUUUUCAUCGACGCGCCACUCUCCCUGGCCCCGUGUGGCCACCUACCUGGAAGCUCAGCACGCGGGGGCCGUUGGGCUCGAUGUAGGGUGUGGCAACGGCAAAUAUCUCGAUGUCAAUCCCGCGCUGCACAUGCUAGGGUCUGACCGCAGCAGCGAGCUUGUGCGUCUCGCACGCAGUCGGGGCAGCAGCGGCGCUGGGCCCAGCCUAAAAGCAACAACAGAAUCUUCUGCGACGCAGAAGAGCAGCACUACUGAGAAUGUAGACGAAGACCGCGGUUGUGUUCCUGGCGGCACCGAGGUCGCCGUCGCCGAUGGCCUCGCUCUGCCCUACCGACUUGGCGCUUUUGACUUUGUCAUUUGCAUCGCCGUCGUGCACCAUCUUUCUACAAGAAUACGCCGCGUAGAAGCCAUCGGUGAGCUUCUUUCUCGGCUUAGGCCGCCACACCCAACAGCGGCGGCGGCCUCCGCAAAGCCAGCUAGCAACAGCAGCAGCAGCAGCAGCAGCAGCAGCACAUCGGAAACGCCCCUCCAGGCACCCGGACGCCAUACCACCACCAAGGCCACCGGCUUGGUGUUUGUUUGGGCUCUCGAGCAGGCCAGCAGUCGUCGUGGCUGGAACGAGGACAGCGAGCAGGACACGCUAGUCCCCUGGGUUAUGCGGGCCAAAGGUCGGCCCAACGAAACAUUUCAACGGUACUAUCACCUCUACAGGAAGGGUGAGCUCGAGGAGGACAUUGCGGCCGCAGGCGGUGUUGUCGAGGAGAGUGGCUACGAGCGCGAUAACUGGUGGGCAGUCUUUAGCCGGCCCCAGUCGUAG